UCCGGACACCCGGCGGCGCGCCGGCCGGGGCCCGACCGUCUCAGUCUCACGGCCGCCGGCUCUGACGCCACUCAUGUUCGAAUUCAUAUAAAACUGCAUUCUGUUUGUUAAAUAAUGAACGAAUCUAAACGAAAACGAAAUAAUUAUCUAGUGGUUAUUACAAGGCAGUAAUUAAUUAGUGAUUAGGAUGUCGGAUUCUGAAAGUGUUGUACCAGCGAAGAAUGAAGCCAUAGAAUUGAUCGGGUUAGUUCGUGAAAGAAAAUGUUUGUGGGACAGGAGAUGUACAGAGUAUAGGAACAAAUACGACAGGCUGAAGGCUUGGGAGGAGAUCUGUGAGGUGCUAGACCCUAACUUCCACAGAGUAAACAACAAGCAUAAGAAUAAGUCGGUUCUACUGAUGUCAAAAAAAUGGACGAACAUACGAGACGCUUACGUUAAGUCACUGAGGAUGGGGAGGAACCGGGUGAAGCCGUACAUACACGCCGAGGCUUUGGAGUUUCUUGAUGCUGUGUUCGUUUACAAAACUAAGUCCUCCCAAAAAGUAGACAGUCGACUCUCAGACGAGGACAACGCAACUGAAGAUUCAAUAGAAUGGUUGAACGAAGUGUACGUUGAUGAGAGUGCUGUAGAAGAACCACCACCCAAGAAACCCAAACUAGAAUAUCCACAAGACGAGAACAGUAUAGCUCAUUUUCUCAUGAACUUGGUGCAGCGCGAAGAAAACGAGGAUAGAGCGUUCUUCACUUCCAUAACGUCUGCCGUCUCGAGUUUGUCUGAGAGGUCGAAGUUCGAGUUCAGGGUCCAGGUGUUGAAGUUGCUGAACAGUUUGAGAAUGAAGGAUUCCAGCAUGGGCGUGAAGAGGGAGAGAAAUAUCUUUGAUAGUGAAACUGAGUGAAUUCGACUUUGUCUUUUUUAGAGCAUUCUUAAACAAAGAAAAACAGUUAACACCACCACUACUACAGUGUCUUCUGCGAACUUAUCAUGAGAUCCGUUAAAGCGGUUAUUUUGGAUAUGUCGAAGAAAUUAGUAUUGUUGAAAGAUGAGCAACUGUAUCUAUAGCCUACAAUAAUCCCUUAUCGUGCACUGAAUGGUCUGGUAGGUCUACCCAUUUACGCCAUACGAACCAUAGAAAGUUUCUUAUUAAAUAAAAAAUUUGCUCACAAGACGAUGCCGGUAAAGUUGUAACUAAAAAAGAAGUCAUUAAAUAAAUUUAUCAACUGAUUUUCAGACGCAAUUCAAAUUCAUUAUCUAAAUUAUAUGUGGAUCAAUUGAAAGGUAAUACUUAUCUCAGAUAAAAAGCAACUUGGAAUUACUUGAUAAUAAUUAAUUUACAAUGAUGGAAUUAAUAACCCCGUUAUAGUGUGGAUAUGUUAAUACGAUGUCGAUAUAACGAGAUUUAGCGAUUUCAAUGAAGUUCUCAUUGAAAGGACCACAACUGUGACAGUUGACAGUGUAGACAUCCCCGCUCCCUGCCCGAGGGUUGACUGGUGAGACCGUCUAGCUGAAGCCCCGUAAUGGCCACAAAGAUGGAAGAUAUAUCUUCCUUCUCGUCUCAACUUGAAUUACAUUUAGCAACCACGUAAUGUCUCAAAUUGCUUAAGGUCACCUGCGGCCCUAUCAAUUUUAAGGAUUUUCAAUGAAUUUCUUACAAACAAACAACAAACAAACCUCAUAAUAUCUCUGUGAUUUUUUUGGUUUAUUGAUUAGAACACUAAAUUGUUUUUUGUAAUUCUAUUCGGUUCAUAGUAUUGCAAUUUUCUCUUUUUUUAGUCGAUUUGAUAUAAGUAACUCAAUUAAAAUGGUAUAUAAUCUAUUUAACAGCAAAAUGAAACCAAAUUGUACGGAAGUAAUAUUUUAACUAUAAAUCAUUUCAGUGUCCAUCUAAAUGGAGCAUUAAUGGAGCUUUAUUAAUAAGAAAUAUAUUAUUAAUCAACUAUGUACCGAGUAAGUGGUUUGCUAUUAACUUAUAAGUAAAUAAGUAAAUAAAAAUAAAUAAGUUGUAGCUGAGAUAUUGAAUCUCAGUUACCUAAUGUUGUUCGAAGGUAUACUGGUCUAAAAUAAAAUAAAAAAAUUAAAAUAA